GAAAUCCCGUGCCAAAUGGCACAGCUCCCCCUGUACUUUUGUAUUCCCGCCAAAUUUUUCCCACAAUUCAUACUUCCUUGGCUCAAUUGGUGCACUGCUUUGGCGGGCAUUUCAACACAAGUUCUUCAUACUGUAAGGUGUGUAACGUGCUGCUCCUCUUCAGCCACUCUGUGUGAUAAAAUGCCCAGGAAACGUAAGAGAACACUGUCCAGGUUCGACUUAGAUGCCUUGGUGAAUACCUCAGCUUUUGAUAAGGUAUUGUACACUACCCAUGAUGAAGGAAUGGACAGCGACAUUUCUCAUUAUGGGAUUACUGAGUCUCCCCACCCCUCCCCUAGGGCUGGCCCGUCAACCUCCUGUGCCUUGCCCUCACAAUCACAGACUGUAAUUGAGUGUGAGAUUGGUACUUCAGGUUCCAUGCAAGCAGUGAUAACACCUCACAAAGACCCUCUACAGACUGACAGUGAUGAAAUUGACACCAUUAAUGAGUGUAACACUACAGUGUCAUUUGCAACAAAUGUGAAGAUGAUGAUGAGGACAUCAAGUAGCAGGACCGAUGUUUUCUGUGGUUCCCAGGAUGAACAAGAUGCCUAGGGGAUUCUUUAUAGUUCCUAGUUCAUAUAUUCGAAAAUCUUUUUUGCUGAAUGACGUGUCUUUUUAUCAUUACAGUACCUCAAUUGAUAAGAUCUUUUUUAUAUCAAAGUUUUUUUCUAAUAAAUAAAAAAUAUAUUCUGUUAAGUUUAAUUGUCAUAAUUGAGGGUGAUAUUUGUUCAAGAAUAUUAUUUUUUUACUUUUGUAUAGUUUUGGUAAAAUAAAGCAUGUUUGCA